AUGGAAGUCAGUGUAAUUCAGUUCAACGUCAACGGAAAGGAUGUUAGUGUUCAACGUGUCGACCCCGAGACGACGCUUGCCUCCUAUCUUCGAAACCAACUGGGUUUGACUGGUGCGAAACUUUCAUGUGAAUGUGGCGCAUGUGGGGCUUGUACGGUGGUAAUUGGAAAAUGGGAUCACAAGUUGGGGAAAGCGAAAUAUACUGCAGUAAAUGCCUGCGUUUUUCCACUGUAUAUGGCUCACCACAGUCUGGUGUUGACGAUAGAAGGAAUUGGUAAUCCAAAGAAGAUACAUCCGAUACAGGAUCGUCUUGCUCGAAUUCAUGGUUCUCAGUGUGAGUACCAUCCUCGGGCUCCUGUCACCAUGGAAGUCAGUGUAAUUCAGUUCAACGUCAACGGAAAGGAUGUUAGUGUUCAACGUGUCGACCCCGAGACGACGCUUGCCUCCUAUCUUCGAAACCAACUGGGUUUGACUGGUGCGAAACUUUCAUGUGAAUGUGGCGCAUGUGGGGCUUGUACGGUGGUAAUUGGAAAAUGGGAUCACAAGUUGGGGAAAGCGAAAUAUACUGCAGUAAAUGCCUGCGUUUUUCCACUGUAUAUGGCUCACCACAGUCUGGUGUUGACGAUAGAAGGAAUUGGUAAUCCAAAGAAGAUACAUCCGAUACAGGAUCGUCUUGCUCGAAUUCAUGGUUCUCAGUGUGGUUUUUGUUCUCCGGGCUUUGUUAUGGCUGCAUACGCUCUUCUUCGCACGAAUCCUAAUCCUACUGUUCACGAAAUGAAUCAAGCUAUCAAAGGAAAUCUGUGCCGUUGUACCGGUUAUCGACCAUUUCUUGAAGCUCUUUAUUCCUUCACAGAGAAUGGUUGUUCUAAUGGAAAUGUGAGUUGA